AUGACCACCAUCCAUGAGUCUGACCGUGGCGGGCUUCACAGCUUCAGGACAAUCGGCAGACCAACCAACCACCUCAACCAUCCACCUCGAUCAACCACCUCAAUCAACCGAUUCCACCAGUCUGACCGUGGCGGGCUACGGCUUCAGGACAAUCGGCAGACUGGACAAUCGGCAGACUGGUCCAUCAACCACCGAUACCGCCAAUCAACCACUUCAACCACCUCGACCAACCACCUCGAUCAACCACCUCAAUCAACCGAUUCCACCAGUCUGACCGUGGCGGGCUUCACAGCUUCAGGACAAUCGGCAGACUGGUCCACCAAACAACCACCCACUUCGAUCAACCACCUCGAUCAUCCGCCUCAAUCAACCGAUUCCACCAGUCUGACCGUGGCGGGCUUCACAGCUUCAGGACAAUCGGCAGACCAACCUACCACCUCAAUCAUUCACUUCGAUCAUCCACCUCAAUCAUCCGCCUCAAUCAACCGAUUCCCCCAGUCUGACCGUGGCGGGCUACGGCUUCAGGACAAUCGGCAGACUGGUCCACCAAACAACCACCCACUUCGAUCAACCACCUCGAUCAACCGAUUCCACUAG